ACCAAGAAGAGCAGAAGCCUUCACGCCUCUGCAGGUGCCUGUCAGUCAUUCUGCAACAUGAGGUUUUUCGAUGUUGGAAGAGGAGGAUAUCAGACAUCAAAGGCAAUCCCUGGCUUUUGUUGAUGGCAUCAAUCAAUGUUACUCAGAGUAUUCCAUCUUUGUGCAGAAUACAUGCGUCAAUAGAUUUUGUCAUCAUCCAUUUUGAAAGGUCAUGGACAGGGGCGAAGGUCGGCAGCUAGCCACCCUUUUUGAGGAUAAAACGUGUUUUCCUCGUCAAUUAAAAGAGGAAGGAUUCAAUCAAAGCAGUUAAUUUUGUUUAUUGUAGCUAUAUUUCAUUUAUCCUUGCCUUGCACAGGAGAAUGCGUGACGUACAGCCAAGUCAAUGUCAGCAGUUCUUCAAAUAUCAGUCGGAGGGAGACAGAAUGCAUAGCAUCAAGCGCAGUCGAACCGAGAGGACCUGUGCCGCCGACGAGCUGAUAACCACUGCACGGAUGCCUGGUCCAUAACGGAUAUCACACUGAAUUUAUUGUUUUAAUUUCAUCGUAUGGUUUAGCUGUAGGACUUUGAAUAACAACCGUUAUUUUUCGAAUCGCGCCUUCGCAGUUGGUCUUUCAUUCCGAGGGCUUGCCCUUUCUCCGGGAGUCUGGAUGGAAGCAGCACUGCCAGUAGCUGAGGGAGCGGUUGGGCUGUCAGAGGCCAGGGAAGCGAGUCCUUUUUCCGGGGCCACAGCAUCCGAGGAUGCGGACACUGUCAUUGGAGUAAGCUAUGGAAUGGAUAGCGACUUCGAUUUUUCUGCUAGAAAAGCACACAUCACUGAGCUGCCUGGUGUCUCAGGCCUACCAGGCCAGGGGAAGAGGAUGGGCCACAGGGGAGUAGAUGCGUCCGGAGAGACCACCUACAAGAAGACCACGUCCUCUGCCCUGAAAGGUGCCAUCCAGCUGGGCAUCGGCUACACGGUGGGCAACCUGAGCUCCAAGCCUGAGAGAGACGUCCUCAUGCAGGACUUCUAUGUGGUGGAGAGCGUCUUCUUUCCCAGUGAAGGUAGCAACCUGACUCCAGCCCACCACUUCCCAGACUUCCGCUUUAAGACAUACGCUCCUGUGGCCUUCCGCUAUUUCAGGGAGCUCUUUGGGAUCAGGCCCGAUGACUACCUGUACUCCCUGUGUAACGAGCCCCUGAUUGAGUUGUCCAACCCCGGGGCCAGUGGCUCUGUGUUCUACCUGACCAAGGACGAUGAGUUCAUCAUCAAGACCGUCAUGCACAAGGAGGCAGAGUUUCUGCAGAAGCUGCUGCCUGGCUACUACAUGAACCUCAACCAGAACCCUCGUACCCUGCUCCCCAAGUUCUUCGGCCUGUACUGCAUCCAGUCUGGCGGUAAGAACAUCCGCAUGGUGGUCAUGAACAACGUUCUACCACGCGCCGUCCGCAUGCACCUCAAGUUCGACCUGAAGGGCUCCACAUACAAACGCUGUGCCUCCAAGAAGGAGAGACAAAAGGCCAAGCCCACCUUCAAAGACCUUGACUUCAUGCAGGACCUGCAGGAUGGCCUGAUGCUGGACCAGGAUAUGUACAGCGCUCUGGUCAAGACCCUGCAGAGAGACUGUCUGGUGCUGGAGAGCUUUAAGAUCAUGGACUACAGCUUGCUGCUGGGGGUCCAUAACAUCGACCAGGCAGAGCGGGAGCAGCAGAUGGAGGGAGGAGAGAAGGAUCAGAAGAGGCCCGUGGCCCAGAAGGCCCUCUACUCCACCGCCAUGGAGUCCAUCCAGGGAGGGGCCGCCUGCGGAGAGUCUAUCGACACCGACGACACGAUGGGCGGCAUCCCAGCAGUCAACGGGAAAGGAGAGCGUCUACUCCUCUACAUCGGAAUCAUCGACAUCCUGCAAUCCUACAGGUUAAUAAAGAAACUGGAGCACACGUGGAAGGCUUUGGUUCACGAUGGGGACACCGUAUCAGUCCAUCGGCCUGGUUUCUAUGCAGACAGGUUCUUCAAAUUCAUGAGCAGCAAUGUGUUCAAGAAGAGCUCCUCCUUGAAGUCUUCUCCCAUUAAGAAGGGUCGUGUGGGCCUGACGGUGCCUAAGUACACUGGCCCUGGAGCCGCCUGGUCAGCCAGCCAGUUUCCCUCGGAGAGAGACGAUAACAUCUACGACCUGAGAGGAGCACGCAGCUUCCCCACGCUGGAGGACGAGGGGCGACCAGACCUUCUACCCUGCACCCCUCCGUCGUUUGAGGAGGCGACCACGGCCUCCAUCGCCACCACGCUCUCCUCCACCACCUCUCUGUCCAUCCCAGAGAGGUCUCCCUCAGAUGCUGGAGCAGAGAACCCCCGCUACAGGUACCAGAACAACAGCUCUGAGAGAAGGAGGCACACCCAGUCUGUCAGCCAUGACGGGAGGACCCAGGAGGAGGUGCGUGAGGAGGAGCAGCAGACCAUCACGGUGGAGGUGGAGGUGAAGAGACAUGACAGCGAGCCCAUCAUCACGGCCCCACAGCCAUCUCCAGAGAUCAGUGAGGUACCAGAGGUAGCUGAGGCUUCUGCUGCUGUUGUUACCCCACCCUCCACCUCUCCCCCGACCCCUGAUGCUCCUGAGGCCCCUGCUGAAGCCUCUGCUGCUGAUACCUCUGACCCGGAGACCCCUGCUGAGGCCCCUGCCAGUUCCAAGGUGGUGGUGGUGGAGGCUGAGCGGGACCGCCGGGGCAGCAUGGUGUCAGGGUCCGGCUGCACCAGCCAAGCCUCCCAGGACGACGAGGAUGACGUAACAAUCACAGACAUCUACUUUCCCCCAGAGGACAGGACCUGGGUGUACUCCCCUCUGCACUAUGGCAGUGAGUCUAAUAACUUGCCGGAUGGGGAGGAGAGCGAGACAUAAACACUCCUCCAUAGAGCUGAGAGGAGAAUGAUUCUGUGGAGAGAGGAGCCAUCAGAUUGAUCCCCAGGCCUUUGAGUGUCAGGCAGCAGAAUGAUUCCAGUCCAGACCUGUAUUUUAAACCAUGGAUACAAAAGCAGAACAGACGAAAUACUGUGAGGAAACCCCCCUAGACGUCCCGUUAUCAUUGUGUUGAUGAUAUGAUCCAUUCCUCUCCUUUCACCCCCACCUACCAUAAGAAAAACAGGACCUCAAAUGGCUAGGCUAGCAUGCCCCAUGAGAACAGGGGCGUUGAGUCGUCUCUGUUACUCGCCACACAUUCCCAACGGUUGAUUAAGUCAAAUGGUCACAUGUAUAGAAUUGAUAUUAUAUUCAUUUAUAUUGUUUGCUUUUUCUUUGUUUUUUGUUUAGUUUCUUUAUUUUCUGAACUUUUUUCACAAUUUUUUUUACAUUUCCAUAAACAGAAAAUUUAUCGCUAGACUGUGUUUCACAAAACAUGAUUUUGUGCAUUUUUAUAAGCCUACUGUAUUAUUUUACAGGUUUAUUUUUUAGUUUAGUAUUUAUUUUGACAUUUCUAUCACAGUAUUGCUACACUUCCCAUACACUCCUGCUGAAUGCACCUCUCAUGAGUCUCCAAGCCUCAAAACCAGAUCAUUGCAACACUAACUAAUAUUUGUAACGGGAGUCUAGUUCCUCCUCCUCGGACGAGGAGGAGGAGUAGGGAUUUGAGGACCAAAAUGCAGCGGGUUGUGAAUACAUAAUGAAUUUAUUGCAAGACGAAGACAAACACGAAAAACACUUGAAUAAACUACAAAACAAAUAAACGAUGUAGACAGACCUGACUUGAGAACUUACAAUAGACGAAGAACGCACGAACAGGAAACAGAUUACAUACAUAAACGAACAAACCGAAACAGUCCCUAGUGGUGCAUAGACACAGACACGGAAGACAAUCACCCAACCAACAAACAGUGUGAACAGCCAACCUUCAUAUGGUUCUCAAUCAGAGAAAAAGUCAAACACCUGUCUCUGAUUGAGAACCAUAUAAGGCUAAUUACAAACCACCUAAACAUAGAAACACAAAACAUAGAAUGCCCACCCCAACUCACGCCCUGACCAACUAAACCAUACAAAAAUAACAUAAACCAGGUCAGGAACGUGACAAUAUUGAGACAUUGUCUAUCAUUUCAGAAUCCUACAUCAUUACAAUGUAUUCCAGGACCACCCAGCUUUUGGAUAAAUGCAAAAAAAAAAAAAAAAACAUUUUCCACGCAUAAUGAGUUAUUGAGGUCUCUAAAUAUGAAAUGAAAUGCCAACAGUUUAGCAAUCAAACUUUGACUCUGAAUUUUAGCUCUGCUGGACAUAGGUAUUAGCCAGACUAGUAGCCUAACUCAAAGUCCUCCUGACUUCAGAGUCUGGAAAGGCUAUUUUGGCGUCAGCACGAUGCGGCGAUAAGGAAGGGGAUGUGCUUGUUUUACUGAUUGGUUCUCUUCUGUGUUUUUCUCAUUCCAACACCCACAUGGACAGCCAUUCACAGCUCUCCAAUGCAACUGUUGAAUUUUCAAAUCGAAAACAACGUGAGGACUCAACCUCCCCAGAAAAAAAGAGAAGAAAAAUACGUUUGAGAGAACCAAUCAAAGCUCAGUACAUUCAGGAGCACAUUUCUGCACAAAUACUGCAUUUACAAUGGCCUCCUUUCCAGACCAGUGUGUCACAGCUCUCCCUUGCUGUGAGUCACUUGAGUCGGGUCAACCAGGCUAGUGACCUUAGGCUAAUGGAUUGGAUUACUUAGGACAAAUAACAAUAUCAUAUCAUAGCCAGAAUUAAUUCAUACUUCUGUUAUUUAGUAAGUGUUAAUCAGAAAGGGAAUUCAGGCUGCUUUGACAGCACUUUAUGUAUUAACCAUCAUUAGGUGUGAAAGUGAUGUCUUUAUCACAAUCAUCUGGCAUAGGAUUCAUGUUUUUUUUAGUCUUUGUGGAUUACAUGUUUUAAGAUUUAAGUUAGAUUUUAAACAGUUUUAUUGCUCUUUUUCGGUUUCACACUUGGCUGUUUAAAUUAAAGUUGCUGUGUUUGUAUGUCUGUGUGUGAGGCAAGGUGUCAGAACUUGUAAAAUACUUAUGAUGUGCAGUGGCCAGUUGUAAUCAGUUGUUAAUGUCCUCAAGAGACCAUAGCAGCAAUAUUUUCUACAAUGCAGUAGUUGUAAAGUUACUUUUAAUUGCCUUAUAUAGAAAUUAAAAUAUUGAUUUGAUUUUUCAUUGUAGUGCUGUUGUAUUUAUUAAUUUCAAGUAAUUUGUUCAAUACCGUGGUUGUGCUCCUGAGAAUGUGUAUAUAGAAUUAUAAAUACAUAUAUAAAGAUAUAAAUAUAUUUUCAAUUUGAAUUGGAGAAUAUUAUUUUUAUUUGAUUUAAUUUUUUGCUGCCGGCAAGAAAAGAUUAAGAGCAACACAUGAAUUACUGUACCAUAUGUUUUAAUGAGUUGACAAAAUGCAGCUCUAUUUAUGGUGUAUAAAUCACUGCUGUCUCUGUAUGAUAUCUGUAACUGAAGAGUUUUACUGUACAUGCAAAUCAGUAGGGGUUCUUCCAACAAUUUAGCUGUAUUUGUGUGUGUGUUUUCAAAUCGCUGUGUGCCCUCACUUAGGGAGAGUCUUUUACAGAGACAGCAUGAUUUAAAAAUGAAUAAGCAUAUCAGAAAUAUGUAUAGUGCAUUGGGAAAGUAUUCAGAACCCUUGACUUUUUCCACUUUUUGUUACGUUACAGCCUUAUUCUAAAAUAUAUAUUUUUUUAAAUGUAUCCCUCAUUCUACAGACAAUACCCCAUAAUGACAAAGAAAAAAACAGUUUUUUUGACAUUUUUGCAAAUGUAUAAAAAAAAAAGAACUAUCACAUUUACAUAAUUAUUCAGACCCUUUACUCAGUACUUUGUUGAAGCCCCUUUGGCAGUGAUUACAGCGUUGAGUCUUCUUGGGUAUGAUGCUACAAGCUUGUGUAACCGAUGUGAAAUGGCUAGCUAGUUAGCGGUGGUGCGCGCUAAUAGCGUUUCAAUCGGUGACGACACUCGCUCUGAGACCUUGAAGUAGUUGUUCCCCUUGCUCUGCAAGGGCUGUGGCUUUUGUGGCGCGAUGGGUAACGAUGCUUCGAGGGUGGCUGUUGUCGCCCCUACCUGGUUCGAGCCCAGGUAGGGGCAAGGAGAGGAACGGAAGCUAUACUGUUACACUUUGCCCACCUGUAUUUGGUGAGUUUCUCCCAUUGUUCUCUGCAGAUCCUCUCAAGCUCUGUCAGGUUGUAUGGGGAGCGUCGCUGCACAGCUAUUUUCAGGUCUCUCCAAAGAUGUUAAAUUGGGUUCAAGUCCGAGCUCUGGCUGGGCCACUCAAGGACAUUCAGAGACUUGUCCCGAAGCCACUCCUGCAUUAUCUUGGCUGUGUGCUUAGGGUUGUCCUGUUUGAAGGUGAACCUUUGCCCCAGUCUGAAGUCCUGAGCGCUCUGGAGCAAGUUUUCAUCAAGGAUCUCUCUAUACUUUGCUCCGUUCAUCUUUCCCUCGAUCCUGACUAGUCUCCCAGUCCAUGCCACUGAAAAACAUCCCCACAGCAUGAUGCUGCCACCACCAUGCUUCACCGUAGGGAUGGUGCCGGUUUCCUCCAGAUGUGAUGCUUGGCAUUCAGGCCAAAGAGUUCAAUCUUGGAUUCAUCAGACCAGAGAAUCUUGUUUCUCAUGGUCAGAGUUCUAGGUGCCUUUCGGCAAACUCCAAGCGGGCUGUCAUGUGCCUUUUACUGAGGAAUGACUUCUGUCUGGCAUGAUUGGUGGAGUGCUGCAGAGAUGGUUGUCCUUCUGGAAGGUUCUCCCAUCUCCACAGAGGAACUCUGAAGCUCUGUCAAAGUGACCAUUUGGAUCUUGGUCACCUCCUUGGUGGCCAGCUCUAUGAAGAGUCUUGGUGGAACCAAACUUCCUCCAUUUAAGAUUUAUUUUUGGUACCCUUCCCCAGAUCUGUGCCUUGACACAAUCCUGUCUCUGAGCUCUAUUGACAAUUCCUUCGACCUCGUGGCUUGAUUUUUGCUCUGACAUGCACUGUCAACUGUGGGACCUUCUAAAGACAGGUGUGUGCCUUUCGAAAUCAUGUCCAAUCAAUUGAAUUUACCAUAGGUGGACUCCAAUCAAGUUGUAGAAACAUCUCAAGGAUGAUCAAUGAAACAGGAUGCACCUGAGCUCAAUUUUGAACAAAGGGUCUGAAUACUUAUGUAAAUAAGUUAUUUUUUUAUUUUUUUUAAAUAUAUUUGCUAAAAUGUCGAAACCUGUUUCUGCUUUGUCAUUAUGGGGUAUUGUGUGUAGAUUGAUGAGGAAAAACAAUCAAUUUUAGAAUAAGGCUGUAACGUAACAAAAUGUGGAAAAAGUUAAGGGGUCUGAAUACUUUCCGAAUGCACUGUAUAUCUGUGUAUAUUCAUCUAUUUAUACAUGAGGAUAAAUAGGUGUGUGUGUGUGUGUGUGUGUGUGUGUGUGUGUGUGUGUGUGUGUGUGUGUGUGUGUGUGUGUGUGUGUGUGUGUGUGUGUGUGUGUGUGUGUGUGUGGACUGUGUGUUUGGACUCAAUAAAGCAGUUAUAUGUCUAUGAAAUAGAGUAUUUGCCCAUGUUUCCAAAGUUGUGUGUGUCUGUGUACUUCCAUGUCUAUAUAGCUGAUGUUGGCAAGCAGGAAAUUCCCUCCAUGUGUCUCUCGUGCUACUGUUCAGCGUAUACUGUGAAAAACAAUCUUCAUUGUGAUGUGCUUGAUUUUUGUGUGGCCUUUUCCCCUUAGCUUACAAUAAAGCACACAGAAGAUACAUUUUAAGAGAAGCAUAUUGACCUGCUUAGUAAAGAAUUCAAUCUGUUCAACUGGUGAGAAUAGCAACAUGAUCUUCAAGGCACAGUACUCAAGAAUAUAUUCGAUUUAUGACAUCUUAUCUGAGCAAUACUGGUGAUGAAUGAGGGAGUUAAAGAACAUUUUUCAUAACACUCAGGAAAAUGUUACUGUAAUUGGUCCUCAUCACUACAGAAAAGUUUCUGAGGUUACCAGUGAGUCACUUAUCAACUGAGCUGAUUAUUAUGCUAAACCACAAAUGAAGUUCAUUACUAGACUGGUGUUUACACUUUUAAGUAGGAGGGCUACAGCUAUAACAAUACAAUUGAAUAGUAGGAAAGUGUUUAAAUAUGUUAUGCAAUCAUGGUUUUAUUAUGUCAAAAUUAUAAGGCUCUUAUGAAAUAUUUUGACAUGUAUUGAUCCUUAAUUUCUCUGUUCUCAUGAAAUGUAAUACAUGUUCUCAAAAGCUGUUUGCACCGUUACCUGCCCAUAUUGUGGCUAUAUGAUCUUUAUUUUGAUUGUCUUUUUAAAUUGAAUUUUCUCAUUGGUAUUUUGCUUGAAUGUUUUACAUAAGAGAAAAUAUGCCCUGUGACAGUGCCAUUUCAUUAAAACAUUGAGCUAUAUAUCUGAGACCAGUGACAUUAAAAUGUCUUGUCAAAUGUCUGGUCCCGUGUGUCUCAGUUGGUAGAGCAUGCCGCUUGCAACGCCAGGGUUUUGGGUUGAUUCCCACCGGGGACCAGUAAGAAAAUGUAUGCAUUCACUACUGUAAAUCGCUCUGGAUAAGAGCGUCUGAUAAAAUGUAACCAAAAGAAACUGUCAAAGCGCUGGGAUGAUUCAAUUGUAUGUCCUUCUCUUAAUUUAUAUGUCAAUAAAAACGUGCGGGAAAACAAAUAAAGUCAUACAAAAUAAUUUUAAAAACGAAUACCAACACGUCUAUGUAUGUCAAUGCAUUCACUACUGUAAAUCGCUCUGGAUAAGAGCGUCUGAUAAAUUACUAAAAUGUAACUAAAAUAAACGGUCAAAGUGCUGGGAUGAUUCAAUUGUAUGUCCUUCUCUUAAUUUACAUGUCAAUAAAAAAAACGAAUACCAA